UACAUCCUUCGCAACCAACAUCAUCGUCCAGGUCAGCUUUCUGCGUCAAUACUUCCCUGUUGUAACCUCUUCUCGUCCCAUCACACACAUCACCUCGAUAAGAUGGGCGAUGCAGGGUACCGAGGCGUCUCCGCGGACCAGGACUCGCGCUUCGGCAACAAGGAUCGCAAGUUGAUCAAGCAACUAGAGAGUUCCAAGCUUUUCCCACCAUCCUACUCGAAGAAGGUGGACCUGCGGAAGGUCAAUCUGGAGGUGAUGAAGCCUUGGGUGGAGUCAAAGACGCAGGAGCUCCUCGGCUUUGAGGACGAGGUGGUGGUAGAGUACGUUAUGGGCAUGCUGGAGAGUGAGGAGAAUCAGCCGCAUCCGAAUCCACGUCAGUUGCAGCUCUCCCUGACAGGCUUUCUCGAGUCGUCCACCCCGAAAUUCAUGGCAGAGCUAUGGGACUUGCUUCUCUCUGCGCAAGAGUCUAUCGGCGGCAUUCCUCAGCAGUUCGUCGACAAGAAGAAGGAAGAGAUGCGCGCAGCGAGGGAGAGGGACGCGGCUGCGAUUCGAGCUAGCGGGAUCUCUGGUGGGGCUGCUGCCAUGGGACGUGGGCCUCCUGCUGCUCUUCCGCCAAGGCCGGCAUUUGCAGGGCAACGAGGUGGUGGAAGAGAGUUCAGAGACAAAAGAGGAAAUGCUACGGAGAGGGUACGAGGACCGCGGGCCAAGAUACGAGCAGGACCGUCCGGCCUACGACAGAAGAGGGAGGAACGACGAAUACGGCUACUCACGACGCAGUGCCCAGAAGUAUGACGAGGAUCGCUACGAUGGCCGUCGCAUCGGUAGAAGGGACUCGCCAGAACGCGCUCCUAUCUCUAGCAGUCGUAGGACCAGAGAUUAUACGCGCUCCCCUUCGCGCUC